UUUAUAUAAUUAGAAGUUUCACUACCCAGGUAAAGAUGAAAAAGCACACUAAGGUUUACUUCGACAUUAACAUUGGAAGCAAGUCUAUGGGAAGAGUCGUUAUACAGCUGUAUAAAGACACUCCCCUCACUUCAGAGAACUUCAGAGUUCUCUGCACUGGAGAAAAUGGUAUUGGCAAGGAAACUAAAAGCAAACUCCAUUAUAAAGGAAGCAGGUUUCAUAGGAUCAUCGAUGGAUUCGUCAUUCAAGGAGGUGAUAUCGAGAAUGGUGACGGCUCUGGAGGAGAAUCUAUCUACGGUAAGAACUUUGAUGACGAGAGUUUUGAAAGAAGGCAUUCUCAUGCAGGAUUACUAAGUAUGGCCAACUGCGGACCUGAUACUAAUGCAUCUCAGUUCUUUAUCACCUUAAAACCUUGCCCACAUCUUGAUGGUAAGCACGUAGUGUUUGGACAAGUGAUUGAAGGGAUGGAGGCUAUUUUUGAAUGUGCUAAAGUACCCACUGAUAUUAACGACAAGCCUCGUAUUCCAGUCUACAUCUUCGAUUGCGGAGAGGUCAACAAUAAGAACAAGAAUAUUGGGAAAAAUGAUAUUCUCGAGUCCUUGGUCAGCAAAAAGGAGAGAAAACGACUUCAAAAGAUGAAGGAGAUAGAAGCCGAAGAGCUUAAGAAAGUCCAGGAAGAAAGCCAGACUCUCAAAGGUGUUGUUGAAGUCGAUGAGGCUCUUGAAGGCCAAGAUCACCCAGAAUUUAAAACAGAGAAAGAGAAGAAACUCUAUGAGUUAAAGCUCAAAAUGAACCAGGCUAGGAAACUUAACAACCAAGCUGUCAUUGAGGAGAAUGACCGUGAGAGUAACCCCCAGUUUGACAGAAUCAGGAAGAAGAAAGAAUGGAGGGAACAAGAAGAAGAUUAUAUGAACGAAAUUGACAAGAAGGGACUCAGCAAGGACAAAAGGUACCUGACAGACACUGUUGUCAAGACUGAGAAACAGAAGAGAAGAAAGCGUAAGAAGAUCACAUUCGGAUGGGACGCCUUCAAUGAUGAAGCAAUCUACAGAGCUUAUGAAAAAAGAGUGGAUAAGUUACAAGCAGAUGAAAUUGAUGAUGAAAAGCUUACUGAAGAAGAUAAGAAGAAGCUAGAGAAGCAAAGACUUGAUAAGUUAGUUGAUGACAUCGAAGCUCAGCAAGAGAAAAGAUCCCAGUUCAAGAGACCCAGACUCAAUGUUGAAGAGAAGGAUGUUGACUACAUUAAUGAGAGGAAUAAGAAAUUCAACAAGAAGCUUGAAAGAAAUUUCAGCAAAUAUGCAUCUGAAAUCAAAGCCAAUCUUGAAAGAGGUUCUGCUGUUUAAUUGAUUUUUG